UGUAAAUUUACUUACUACUUUACGAGCUCGUAAGAGAAAUAAUUAUUAAUUACCGGCAUACAGGGACCGGCACUAGUCGUUGAUACUCGAUCCAGCAGAAUACUAAGUAGAAUUCCAUCAUGACUGUCGGAAAGGUAAUCAGUUGCAAAGCUGCCGUAGCUUGGGGCCCUAAGGAAGAUUUAAAAAUCGAAACCAUUGAAGUAGCACCGCCCAAAGCGCACGAAGUCAGAAUUAAAAUCUUGUACACCGCCGUGUGCCACACGGAUUCGUACACCUUAAGUGGACAAGACCCCGAGGGACUUUUCCCAGUGGUUUUGGGCCAUGAAGGUGCAGGUAUUGUUGAAAGUGUUGGCGAGGGUGUCACAUCAGUCAAGCCUGGUGACAAAGUUAUCCCCUUGUAUGUCCCACAAUGUGGGGACUGCAAGUUCUGCAAGUCUCCAAAGACCAAUCUGUGCCAGAAAAUUCGAGUAACCCAAGGUCAAGGGGUAAUGCCCGAUGGUACAUCUAGAUUUACUUGCAAUGGGAAACAAUUGUACCAUUUCAUGGGCACUUCAACAUUCAGUGAAUAUACCGUCGUCGCCGAUAUUUCUAUAGCUAAGAUCGACGAUUCUGCGCCUCUUGAUAAAGUAUGUCUGUUGGGAUGCGGAGUACCAACCGGCUACGGAGCCGCAUUGAACACGGCCAAAGUAGAAAAGGGUAGCACGUGCGCCGUCUGGGGCUUGGGUGCAGUCGGUCUGGCCGUAGGCUUGGGAUGCCAGGCUGCCGGAGCCUCUAAAGUUAUCGGUGUCGACAUCAACCCCGACAAAUAUGAAAUCGCCAAGAAGUUUGGAUUCACCGAAUUCGUCAACCCAAAGAGCUACGAACGUCCGAUUCAAGAAGUGCUUGUUGAACUGACCGACGGAGGUUUGGAUUAUACGUUCGAAUGUGUGGGCAAUGUGCACACUAUGCGUGCGGCUUUGGAGGCCUGUCACAAAGGCUGGGGUGUGUCCACUAUUGUAGGAGUAGCCGGCGCCGGACAAGAAAUCAGUACUCGUCCGUUCCAACUGGUCACCGGAAGGGUGUGGAAAGGAACCGCCUUUGGAGGUUGGAAGAGUGUGGAGAGUGUCCCGGGAUUGGUAAACGACUACUUGAACAAGAAAUUGAAGCUGGACGAGUUUAUUUCUCAUAAUUUACCAUUUGAUAAAAUUAAUGAAGCUUUCCACUUAAUGCACAAAGGAGAAAGCAUUCGCACCGUUUUGGCAUUCAGUAACUAGUAUUUAAACAGGAUCUAUUUUUCUACCAAAUAUUAUAAUUUUGUAAGAAAUGUUUAUUACCAUUUAGUUGAUAAUACAAGUUCAAAAAAAUAACAA